UUUGCGGUGGUGUCAUCAUUUCACAGCUGGUCGCUGCAAGCCAAGGCAUCACCCCCUGGCCACCAGACAUUCUCUUCCUGCCCAACGGUUAUCAGCACUGGCCAGUCGAGAUUUUCCGGGCCAUGGAGGAGCUGUUACGAACGGCCUGCAAAGCUACCGACCUACACAAUUUUCCCAGCCAGCUGCUGCUGCGGGGGUGGAGAGCUUCCCUGAAGCGACGUCGGAAGCCUUCCCCACCUGCUGCGGUGACUCGCUUUGUAGGGGCGACGAUGUGCUGCAUCAACACCCCCUCGGCGCCGCUAUGACUAAACCCUGUCUGCGGACCAAGUAUUGUUAGUGGAUUCGCCGUCGCCGUCAUGACUUGUUUGAAGCGGUGGAAAUCCUGGAAGAAGAUGUCUUGCGGCCGUCUCACGGGGGUUAGAAGUCAUGGACAGACGCGGCGGCCAUUGUCUGCGGAGUCAACACUGGGAUGAAGAGGCGCCUGCUUGGGUCAAGCGCCGUGUCUGCGAGAACCCUAUCACCUUGGUGUGGUCAACGCAACCUGUGCAGAAGAAACAAAGCACGACUCCACUGCAGCCGGCGGCGCCCUCCUCCUGGCUUCCGGCCUGCGUGAACCGCAAACUGCUGCCAUUCAAGUUGCACUUCUUUCUAUUCAUGGCAGGAGAGGCUGGCGUCGCACCGUACAUCGCCGUCGUGGGACGGCGAAACGGUAUAGGCCCCGCCACAAUGGCGGUCAUCUUCACCGUCAUGGCACUCACAGCCGUCGUUUUCAAGCCCGUGUGCGGUUUCAUCAUCGACCGAACUCGAAACGUCACUGCCGUCAUCCUCGUCUUGCAAGUUCUCUGCACCCUAUUUUACGGUGUCGCUUUCUUCUGUCCCAGCGCCAUAUCUGAUGGUUCAACAUACAAGGGCAAUCUGAGUUGCUCAUUGGAAGUGUUCGAUGUCACCGGUACUUCGGGGUCGCAACAGUGUUCUUCCAGUGGAAGCGAUUCCAUAUAUUGUGUAUUGUCUUCGGAGAAAGACGUAUGGGAAGGGGUCAGCGCUCGCCUGACUACCGACAACAAAAUAGUGCUGGCCAACGCGUCCGAACCCUGUCAGGCCCUUCUCAAGUACAACCUCCUAUCCAACGACUCCCUCGCCGUUCCGGGCGAGAUGAAGUGUUCUUGCGAUGCUGCAUUGUACAAUGACCCAAACUUCUGGAUCUACACCGUCUCCGCUAUUCUCGGCUUCGCGUUGGCCUCAGCGCUGACCAACGUUGGUGACGCCGCCGUGAGCAACGCACUGGGCUCAGACAUCGAAGUAUUUGGCCGACAACGACUUUACGGCAGUCUUAGCUGUGGCAUAGCGUCGCCGCUGAUAGGGUACCUAGUGGACGUAGCCAGCAGGGAAAGCUCAGUCAUCGACUACAGGCCGUGCUUCUACGUGUUCGCCGGUACCAUGCUUCUCGAUAUGAUCCUUAUCCUCGCCGUGCCUAGGAUGUGCGUCGCCGAAGUCUCCGUCAACUUCUUCAAGGACAUCGGGGUGCUCUUGUCAAGUCCGGAGAUCCUGCUCUUCACGUUGUUCACAUUCCUGGCUGGAUCCUUGAUGGGGUUUCUCUCCGCUUUCGAGACGUGGUUCCUGGAGGACUUGGGAGCACCCACGUUCCUCAUAGGCCUAAAUAAAACAGCCCAGAGCUUCGGCGCGGAGCCCGUGCUGUUCUUUCUGUCGGCGUACAUACUGAAGAAGAUUGGAUACUUCUACUCCUACUCAAUCGCGUUCCUUCUGUUCGCCUGCAAGGCCCUUGGUUAUUCGUUCCUGCGGAACGUCUGGGGCUCGCUUGCCGUGAACAUCGUCGGGGGAGCCAUUUUCCCGAUGGUGUACGCCGCUAUGGCAGUGUUCGCCAAGAAGAAGGCGAGACCCGGAACAGCCGCCUCCAUGGUCUGCAUCCUCGGAGCCAACUACGAAGGUCUCGGUACGGCGGCAGGCAGCUUGGUAGGCGGCCUCAGCAUCGAUAAGAUCGGAGCGAGCCAGACUUUCCGCUACCUUGGCUUCUCAUCAGUGGCGGCCGCGCUCCUCAGUUCGGUGUGCCACUUGCUCCUGCGCUGCAAAGCCACUCACGAAUACGAUGUUACAACGGAGAAGCCCAGUGCAUCCACUCCUGCAAAAUACUGAUACCACACACGUUUCACCGAAGUCCGAAUGCGAAAUAGUCGUAGAAAGCCUGCCCAGAGAGCAUCGAUGGGACCUAUCCUCGAUGCGCGGCUCCAAGGCUUACUUAGCGGAUUAACCUCAAUGCGUCACGUGCCCACAAGCCACUUUGCACGUAGCCAGAGCUGUGGAACAUAUGGCUAGAAAAGCUGCAGUAGAUAAAAAAAAGGAAAAGUCGCAGUUUCACCCAGCAGGCGAAACAUCGAUUGCGAUAGCAAAUUAGUAGACAGCUAUACGAAGUAAUGAUAGUAGUUUGAUCGGCCCUAUGAACUUGUAGCUAUUCGCUUACAAACUAAAUUAACAAGCGUGGUGUCAUGCGCGCACAAGCAAACAUGAACACAUCUUACUC